GGGAGAGAGAGAGAGAGAGAGAGAGAGAGAGAGAGAGAGAGAGAACGAGUGAUUGAAGCGGAGAAAGAGAGGGAGGAAGCGAGCACUUUAGUUUAGUCUGAGCUCUCUACGAAGCUGCCGUCGGUUUGAAAGGAGUUGGUUUCACAGUGACACUGACAACGACUGAGCCACCCUUUUAAAAGGCGUCCUGCACCUGAAAAGCAGCUACCAUGUCGGACGCAGACAAGUUCCUGUACGUGGACCGCAACAUGGUCAACAACCCACUGGCACAGGCCGACUGGGCCACCAAGAAGCUGGUCUGGGUGCCUUCAGAGCGUUUGGGCUUCGAGGCCGGCUCUUUGAAGGAGGAGCGUGGCGAUGAGUGCCUGGUGGAACUGGCAGACUCUGGUAAGAAGGUGAAGGUCAACAAGGAUGACAUCCAGAAGAUGAACCCACCCAAGUUCAGCAAAGUGGAGGACAUGGCCGAGCUUACGUGCCUGAACGAGGCCUCCGUGCUGCACAACCUGAAGGAGAGAUACUACUCUGGCCUCAUCUACACAUACUCUGGCCUCUUCUGUGUGGUCAUAAAUCCCUACAAGAACCUGCCCAUCUACUCAGAGGAGAUUAUCGAAAUGUACAAGGGCAAGAAGAGGCACGAGAUGCCACCCCACAUCUAUGCCAUCACCGACACAUCCUACAGAAGCAUGAUGCAGGACCGUGAAGACCAGUCCAUUCUCUGCACAGGAGAGUCUGGUGCUGGUAAGACAGAGAACACCAAGAAGGUCAUCCAGUAUCUGGCUCAUGUUGCCUCCUCUCACAAAACCAAGAAAGAUCAGAACAGCUCGAUCCUGUCACAUGGGGAGCUGGAGAAGCAGCUGCUGCAGGCUAAUCCCAUCCUUGAGGCCUUUGGAAAUGCCAAGACGGUUAAAAAUGACAACUCCUCGCGAUUCGGAAAAUUCAUCAGAAUCAACUUUGAUGUCAACGGUUACAUCGUUGGUGCCAACAUUGAAACUUACUUGCUGGAGAAAUCCCGUGCCAUCCGCCAGGCCAAAGAUGAGAGGACCUUCCAUGUCUUCUACUACAUGCUCACAGGGGCUGGAGAUAAAAUGCGCUCUGAACUCUGCCUGGAGAACUACAACAACUACCGUUUCCUGUCCAAUGGGAACCUCACCAUUCCUGGGCAGCAGGACAAGGAUCUUUUUACAGAGACCUUGGAGGCCAUGAGGAUCAUGUCUAUCCCUGAGGACGAACAAAUUGGUAUGCUGAAGGUGGUGUCAUCUGUGCUGCAGCUAGGAAACAUUACCUUCAAGAAGGAGCGCCACACAGAUCAGGCCUCCAUGCCAGACAACACAGCUGCUCAGAAGGUGUGCCACCUGAUGGGCAUGAACGUGACAGACUUCACCAGGGCCAUCCUGUCACCCAGGAUCAAGGUGGGUCGAGACUACGUCCAGAAGGCCCAGACCCAAGAGCAGGCAGAGUUUGCUGUGGAGGCCCUGGCCAAGGCCACGUAUGAGAGGAUGUUCCGCUGGCUGGUCAUGAGGAUCAACAAGGCCCUGGACAAGACCAAGAGACAGGGAGCCUCCUUCAUUGGCAUCCUAGAUAUCGCUGGCUUUGAGAUCUUUGAGCUGAACUCGUUUGAGCAGCUGUGCAUCAACUACACCAACGAGAAGCUGCAGCAGCUGUUCAACCACACCAUGUUCAUCCUGGAGCAGGAGGAGUACCAGAGGGAGGGCAUCGAGUGGAGCUUCAUCGAUUUCGGCCUCGACCUGCAGCCCUGCAUCGACCUCAUCGAGAAACCGGCCAGUCCCCCUGGUAUUCUGGCUCUGUUGGAUGAGGAGUGCUGGUUUCCCAAGGCCACAGACAAGAGUUUUGUGGAGAAGGUGGUCCAGGAGCAGGGCACCCACCCAAAGUUCCAUAAGCCCAAGAAACUGAAGGAUGAGGCCGACUUCUGCAUCAUGCAUUACGCUGGCAAGGUUGAUUACAAGGCAGACGAGUGGCUGAUGAAGAACAUGGACCCGCUGAAUGACAACGUGGCCACACUGCUCAACCAGUCCACUGACAAGUUUGUCUCUGAGCUUUGGAAGGAUGUGGACCGCAUUGUGGGUCUGGAUAAGGUGGCUGGCAUGUCGGAGAUGCCCGGUGCCUUUAAGACCCGUAAAGGCAUGUUCCGCACAGUUGGCCAGCUUUACAAAGAGCAGCUCUCCAAGCUCAUGGCCACUUUGAGGAACACAAACCCCAACUUUGUCCGCUGCAUCAUUCCCAACCACGAGAAAAAGGCUGGUAAACUGGACCCCCACCUGGUUCUGGACCAGCUGAGGUGUAAUGGUGUUUUGGAGGGCAUCCGUAUCUGCAGACAGGGCUUCCCCAACCGCAUCGUUUUCCAGGAGUUCAGACAGAGGUAUGAGAUCCUCACUCCCAAUGCAAUCCCCAAGGGCUUCAUGGAUGGCAAACAGGCGUGUGUGCUCAUGAUCAAAAGCCUGGAGCUCGAUCCAAACCUGUACCGAAUUGGCCAGAGCAAAGUUUUCUUCAGGGCUGGAGUCCUCGCUCACCUGGAGGAGGAAAGGGACAUGAAGAUCACCGACGUCAUCAUCAGCUUCCAGGCCUGGUGCAGAGGCUACGUGGCCCGCAAGGCCUUUGCCAAGCGGCAGCAGCAGCUGACUGCUAUGAAAGUGAUCCAGAGGAACUGUGCUGCCUACCUCAAACUCAGGAACUGGCAGUGGUGGAGACUCUUCACCAAGGUGAAGCCCCUGCUCCAGGUGAGCAGGCAGGAAGAGGAGAUGCAGGCCAAGGACAUGGAGCUGAGUAAGGUGAAGGAGAAGCAACAGCACGCUGAGCAGCAGCUCCAGGAGAUGGAGGUCAAACAGCAGCAGCUGAAUGCUGAGAAACUAGCCCUGCAGGAGCAGCUUCAGGCAGAAACAGAGCUGUGUGCUGAGGCUGAGGAGAUGAGAGCCCGUCUGGCUGCCAAGAAGCAGGAGCUGGAGGAGAUCCUCCAUGACCUGGAGGCCCGUGUGGAGGAAGAGGAAGAACGCGCCACUCAUCUGAUGUCUGAGAAAAAGAAGAUGCAGCAGAAUAUCACAGACUUGGAGCAGCAGCUGGAUGAGGAGGAGGCUGCCAGACAGAGACUCCAGCUGGAGAAGGUCACCUUGGAGGCCAAGAUGAAGAAGGUCGAAGACGAUGUUAUGGUGCUAGAUGACCAGAACAACAAACUCAACAAGGAGAAGAAGCUGAUGGAGGAGAGGAUCUCUGAGUUCACCACCAACCUUGCAGAGGAAGAGGAAAAGUCCAAGAGUCUGCAGAAGCUCAAGACCAAACACGAGGCCAUGAUCUCUGACUUGGAAGACCGCCUACGUAGAGAGGAGAAGCAGCGCCAGGAGCUGGAGAAGAACAGGCGCAAGCUGGAGGGCGACUCUACUGAGCUCCAUGACCAGAUCGCUGAGCUGCAGGCCCAGAUUGCUGAGCUCCGCGCCCAGCUGGCCAAGAAGGAGGAGGAACUCCAGGCAGCCCUGGCCAGGAUUGAAGAGGAGGCAGCCCAGAAGAACCUGGCCCAGAAAAAGAUCCGUGAGAUGGAGGCUCAGCUCUCUGAGCUGCAGGAGGACUUGGACCUGGAGAGACAGGCCCGUGCCAAGGCUGAGAAACACCGCAGGGACCUUGGAGAAGAGCUGGAGGCCCUAAAGACAGAGCUGGAAGACACUCUGGACUCCACCGCUGCUCAGCAGGAACUCAGGACGAAGCGUGAGACAGAGGUGGCUCAGCUGAAGAAGACUCUGGAAGACGAAGCUAAAGUCCACGAGCACCAGGUGGCUGAGAUGAGACAGAAACACGGCCAGGCCUUCGAUGAGCUCAAUGAGCAGCUGGAGCAGGCCAAGAGGAACAAAGUGUCAGUGGACAAAGCCAAGCAGGCUCUGGAGUCUGAGAGGAAUGAGCUGGCCAUUGAGCUGCAGACACUGAUGCAGGGUAAGGGAGAAUCUGAGCAUCGGAGGAAGAAGGCUGAAGCCCAGGUCCAGGAGCUACAGGUCAAACAUGCAGAGAGUGAACGCCAGAAGGUGGAGCUGGCUGAGAGGGUGGCCAAGAUGCAGGCUGAGCUGGAUAACGUCAACGGCAUGCUGAGUGAGGUGGAGGGCAAGUCCAUCAAGGCAGCCAAGGACUGCUCUGCAGUGGAGUCCCAGCUCCAGGAUGUUCAGGAACUACUCCAGGAGGAGACACGCCAAAAGCUGUCACUUGGCACACGUCUGCGCCAGCUGGAGGAUGACCAGAAUAGCCUGAGAGAGCAGCUGGAAGAGGAGGAGGAAGCUAAGAAGAAUGUAGAGAAACAGCUUUUCACUGUACAGUCUCAGCUUGCUGAUAUGAAGAAGAAGGCAGAGCAGGAGGCCGGCUGCCUGGAGAGUGCUGAGGAGGGAAAGAAGAGGCUCCAGAGGGACCUGGAGGGGGUCAACCAGCGCUUUGAGGAAAGGUGUGCUGCGUACGAGAAGCUAGACAAGACCAAGACACGUCUCCAGCAGGAGUUGGAUGACCUGCUGGUAGACCAGGACCACCUCCGGCAGAUCGUGUCUAACCUGGAGAAGAAGCAGAAGAAAUUUGACCAGAUGCUUGCAGAGGAGAAGAACGUCUCUGCUCGCUAUGCAGAGGAGCGAGACCGCGCUGAGGCCGAGGCCAGAGAGAAGGAGACCAGAGCCUUGGCUUUAACCCGCGAGCUGGAAUCUCUGAUGGACAUGAAGGAAGAACUGGACCGCAACAACAAACUGCUGCGGGCUGAAAUGGAGGACCUGGUAUCCUCCAAGGAUGAUGUUGGCAAGAAUGUCCAUGAGCUGGAGAAGUCCAAGCGCGGCCUGGAGCAGCAGCUGGAGGAAAUGAAGACCCAACUGGAGGAGCUGGAGGACGAGCUGCAGGCCACCGAGGACGCCAAGCUGCGUCUGGAAGUCAACAUGCAGGCUAUGAAAGCCCAGUAUGAGAGGGACCUGGCCGGACGUGACGAGAUGGGAGAGGAGAAGAAGAGGGCCCUGAUCAAACAGGUGCGUGAGAUGGAGCUGGAGCUGGAGGAUGAGCGGAAGCAGCGCUCUGUUGCAGUGGCGGCACGUAAGAAACUGGAGCUGGACCUGAAGGAGCUGGAGGCAGCCAUCGACAUGGCCAACAAGAACCGUGAAGAGGCCCUGAAACAGCUGAAGAAGCUCCAGGCUCAGAUGAAGGAGGUUGUCAGGGAGCUGGAGGACACUCGUCUGUCCCGAGAGGAGAUCCUCGCCCAGGCCAAGGAAACUGAGAAGAAACUGAAGAGCAUGGAGGCUGAAAUGAUCCAGAUGCAGGAGGAGCUGGCGGCUGCAGAGCGGGUGAAGAGACAGGCCCAGCAGGAGAGAGACGAGCUGCAGGAUGAGAUAAAUAAUCAGGCCACCAAGAAUGCCCAGGUUGCAGAGGAGAAGAGAAGGCUGGAGGCUCGUAUUGCUCAACUGGAGGAGGAGCUGGAGGAGGAGCAGUGCAAUACCGAGCUGGUCAACGACAGACUGAAGAGGGCCCUGCUGCAGACUGACCAGAUGAAUGUGGAGCUGACUGCCGAGCGCAGCACCUCCCAGCGCAUCGAGGGAGCUCGUGCCCAGCUGGAGCGUCAGAACAAGGAGCUGAAGCUGAAGCUGCAGGAGCUGGAGGGAACCGUCAAGUCCAAGUACAAGGCCUCCAUCGCCGCUCUGGAGGCAAAGAUCGCCCAGCUGGAGGAACAGCUCGACACCGAGACAAGAGAGAGGCAGGCAGCCACCAAGCUGGUGAGACGCACGGAGAAGAAGCUGAAAGAGGUCAUCCUGCAGGUGGAUGAUGAGAGACGCAACACGGAGCAGUACAAAGACCAGGCCGAUAAACUGAACUCCCGCAUGAAACAACUGAAGCGGCAGCUGGAGGAGGCUGAGGAAGAGGCUCAGAGAGCCAACGCCAACCGCAGGAAACUGCAGAGGGAACUGGAGGACGCCACAGAGUCGGCGGACGCCAUGAACCGUGAAGUCAGCUCCCUCAAGAGCAAGCUCAGGCGCGGCGACGUCCCCUACACCAUGCGCCGCAUCAUCAGCCGUGCAGGCGUGGAGAGCGACGAAGAGAGUGAGCCCAAGAGCGAGACCCCUGAGCCCAAGCCUGAAUGAACAGCCACAAGUGUCCACUGGCUCCUUCCAGGAUUGAACUGCAUCAUUAAUAGACCGACCCAAAUACAGACACACCUGAGCACACGUAACUGCACCUACUGAACGGAGAGGAACACAAACAUCAGAAUAUUGUAUGAACUAGAGGCAGGGAUUAAUUCUUCCUAGUCUCUCCGAUCUGACAAUCUAUGCACACUUGAUACAGCCACACACAUACAGAAGCCAGUAAACUCAAGACAAUCACCAUGUUGAUAUAUACUUAAACACACACAUACACACACUAUUUUGGGCCAAAUUUCUUUUCUUGUGCUUCAUGUUUCAUUCUCUGGGAAAACAAAAGAAAAUGAAUGAUAUUUUUAUAAGGAAACAUUCUGAUUGUAAUAGUCCUGAUUCAGGAUCUAUUUUUUUAAAUUGAAGAAAGAAAAACAAAGGAAGAAGUAUAAAUAAAUAAAUGAAGACAGAUUACUCGAAGGGGACCAAAGUAAUAUCAUGAUCUAUAGAUUUGUAUUUUAUUCAGAAGUUUUUUUUUUAUUAUGGUUAAGUAUGAAAGUACUACAUGUUUUAUUAUGGCUCUUGCUCGCGCUCUCUCGCCUCAGUUUAUAAUGGAGGCUGACGUGCUGAAAUGUAUUCUAUUAAUGUAGCUGUGGUUAGUACUCGCCACAUGACUCGACAUGCUUUUGGGCUUGAUAAUUUGAUAGAGACAUGUUUAAUGUGCAAACAUGACUUAAGAGAGGGAUUUAGAUGCAGCAACACACAAUUGGAGACUCAUUGAUGCAUACUGUAGGCAUUUGGUUGUGACUGUGCCGAAAUUUCUUAAUUUUGCACUGAGAUGUAAAACUUAAGCCUUGACUUGAUAAACCACUGCAUUGGUGCAUUUAAUUCAAACAUUGAUAGAGAGGACAAAUGUACGUUGAACAGACGCUUUAAAAUUUCUGACACACUGUGCACAUGUUCUUAUAGUAUGCACACUAGCUGCCCACAUACACACACACACACACACACACACACAUACACAUGCCCACACACUAAAGCCUUAUAUGCAGCUACAUUAUACUGUGCAAGCGCCCCCCCCUCUGGACACGCAUUGAUUUUUGUAUUUGUUUCUUUACUACUAUCAAUGUUUUUAUUAAUAUGCAGGGUAAAUCUUAAACGGGGUGAUGGGGUAGUUUAUUACUCACAGCACACACUGUAUUCUCAGGGCACAGCUUGGUGGGGGUGAAGGAAUUCAAGUUUUUACAGAAUAAAUGGAGAUUCAGAAGGAAGGGGAAAGCCCUGCUACUUCGAUGAGGUGACAUGGCUCGGUAUUGCAGCUCUGACACUCCCAUAAACCGUACCCUGACUGGCAACGGCUUAACAUAGAUAUAGGGAGUUGGCACCAAGUUGGCACCUUAGAUGAAAUAUCCGGUCAGGUUUUGAAUAGAUCUAUCAGAUGAACGGCUGUGUUAACAUGCAGUGUGUUUCAGGGCUUAAGGUCUGCAUUAUGUAAACCCCACAGGCUGUGCUCAGGGGUGGCUUUUGGCUCACACUGCUGGGAAGUGAGAGGAAUGUGUUCGUAAGAAUAAUGGCUCACAAAUAAAAGGAUCACUCUCUUUCGCACUUAGAAACCAAGGAAAACCAAACCAAGGAAGAAUUAAAAAAAAAAAAAAAAACACAUGGAAAAAAAUGCAUCUCCUUAAUUUUUUUGUAAUGUUAAAUUUUCUGUCUGCGCCUCUGGAAGU